UCGGGGGAGGAGCUUUACUGCCUACGAAAGCGGAAAAACAGCAGAGACAAAGAAGAAAGUGCCUGGACACAGAAGCCAACCAAGUUUUGGGAAAGAAUGAACCUUGAAACACGAGUCCAGGACUGAAGUGCUGCUCCUGCUGCUUUUAACCUGCUCUCCUGCUUCACUGUCUAGCUCGACCAGCAGAAUGGGCUUCACCUGUGACCAGUGUGGGAAGGAGUUCACACAGUCUGACGCCCUUGAAGAACAUAUGAGGAUCCACUCUGCACAAAGACCAUACACCUGUGAUGUGUGUGAGAUGGCGUUUCCUAGAUCAAGCUCCCUCGUAAUACAUAAGAGAAUCCACACAGGAGAAAGACCGUACGAAUGUGACCAGUGUGGGAAGACGUUUAGACACUCUAGUAAACUAAGAGCGCACAUGAGAAUCCACAGUGGGAAGAAACCAUUCACCUGUGUCGUCUGUGAGAAGGCUUUUUAUCCGUCACGCGCCCUUGGAAAUCACGAGAGAAUCCACACCGGAGACAGACCUUACAGCUGUGAUCUCUGUGAGAAGGCGUAUUUUUCACAAGAGGCCCUAGUAUUACUUAAGAGAGUCCCCACUGAAGAAAAACCCUUCAGCUAUGACGUCUGUAAGAGGACUUUUUCUACAACAGGUGCCCUAGAAUCACAUAGCAAUAUCCACACUGGACAAAACCUGUACGCCUGUAAUUUCUGCAAGAAGGCUUUUUUUUCAUUAGACUCCCGCUUAAAACACAUGAGGGUCCACACCGGGAAGAGAUCGUUCCGCUGCGAUGUCUGUAAAAAGGCAUUUUAUACGCCAAAUCACCUCGCAGUACAUAUGAGAGUCCACACCGGGGAAAGACCGUUCAUCUGCGACGUCUGCGAGAAGAAGUUUUCUACGACAAGUGGCCUAGUGAGACAUAUGAGACUCCACACCGGAGAGCGACCGUACAAAUGUGACGUCUGCGAGAAGAAGUUUACUACGACAAAUGGCCGAGUAACACAUAUGAGACUCCACACUGGAGAGCGACCGUACAAAUGUGACGUCUGCGAGAAGACGUUUACAACGUUUAGCCACCUAGUAACGCACAAAAGAAUCCACACUGGAGAAAGACCGUACAGCUGCGAUCUCUGCGAGAAGGCAUUUUUUACAUCAACUAUCCUAGCAGUACACAUGAGAACCCACACUGGAGAAAGACCAUUCAGCUGCGAUCUCUGUGAGAAGACGUUUUUUACGUCAAGCAACCUUGUAUCUCAUAGGAAAGUCCACACUGGAGAAAGACCGUACAGCUGUGACGUCUGCAAGAAGACGUUUUCGGCGUCGAGCUCCCUAGUAUCUCAUAGGAGAGUCCACACUGGAGAAAGACCGUACAGCUGCGACGUCUGCAAGAAGACGUUUACGGUGUCGAGCUCCCUAGUAUCUCAUCGGAGACUCCACACUGGAGAAAGACCGUUCAGCUGCGACGUCUGCAAGAAGACGUUUACGGCGUCGAGCUCCCUAAUAUGUCAUAGGAGAGUCCACACUGGAGAAAGAGCCUUCAGCUGUGACGUCUGUAAGAAGGCUUUUUUUAAGUCAAGUGACUUAGUAACACAUAAAAGGAUCCACACUGGAGAAAGACCGUUCAGCUGCGACGUCUGUCAGAAGACGUUUUUUACGACAGGUGACCUAGAAAGACAUAUGAGACUCCACACCGGAGCGUACAAAUGUGACGUCUGCGAGAAGACUUUUACGGCAUCGUGCUACCUAGUAAGGCAUAAAAGAACCCACACUGGAGAAAAACCGUUCAGCUGCGAUGUCUGUAAGAAGGCAUUUUCUACGUCAAGCAACCUAGUAUCUCAUAGGAAUGUCCACAUUGAAGAAAGACCAUUCAGCUGCGACAUCUGCAAGAAGACAUUUACGUCAUCGAGUCACCUAGUAUCUCAUAGGAAAGUCCACACUGGAGAAGGACCGUUGAGCUGCGACGUCUGCGAGAAGAAGUUUUCUAAGACAAGUGACCUAGUAAGACAUAUGAGACUCCACACUGGAGAGCGACCGUACAAAUGUGACGUCUGUGAGCAGACAUUUACGGCGUCGAGCUCCCUAGUAGCACAUAAAAGAUCCCACACUGGAGAAAGACCGUACGGCUGCGAUCUCUGUGAGAAAGCGUUUUUUACAUCAACUCUCCUAGCAGUACAUAUGAGAUCCCACACUGGAGAAAAACCGUUCAGCUGCGAUGUCUGCGAGAAGAAGUAUUUUACAACGAGUGCCCUGGUAAGACAUAUGAAACUCCACACCGGAGAGCGACCGUACAAAUGUGACGUCUGCGAGAAGACAUUUAUAGUUUUUAGCUACCUAGUAAAGCAUAAACGAACCCACACUGGAGAAAAACCUUUCAGCUGCGACGUCUGCGAGAAGAAGUUUUCUACAACAGGUGAACUAGUAACACAUAUGAGACUCCACACCGGAGAGCGACCGUACAAAUGUGACGUCUGCGAGAAGACGUUUACAGCAUCGAUCUACCUAGUAAAGCAUAAAAGAACCCACACUGGAGAAAGACCGUAUGUUUGUUCCCAGUGCAAUAAGGAUUUUAAACACUCUUCUAGUCUGUUCAAACAUAUGAGGGUCCACAGUAGAGAGACGUCAGAGCAAACUGUAGAUCAGCAGAUUCAAAACUCUCCAUAACUUAGGCCCUCCAACAAUCUCCAACUAGAUUCAGCUAAAAUUUCUGUUCUCGUUUCUCUCUGUGUUCCUCAUCUGCUGCUGUGCUCUCCACUCCCCUUCAAAACUGAACUUUGGUCUUCAUAGACAUUUCAAAAUCCCACCUGAAAACACAUCUAUUCAAAGCCUCUUACAGUUUGAAAUGUGAACUUUAGCUAUAAUUAUUUUCAUCACUUUUUGUUUUUGCUGUAAUCAUGGUCUUUGGUAUGUUCUUUUUUAUGGCAAAAAGGUUAUGUUUAUUUUAAAUCUGAAUAAAAAAUAUCAAAAACA